UUUUCAUUUGUGGUCGACGGGACACGUCAUCUUUAUACCGGUAUAAAAACAUCUGUAGGUUGUGCAACCGUUUCAGUUUGGGUCGAAGCACUCGGUGAACAGCUUGAAAACAACACUUCCGAUUGAGAUCAUGGGGAGCUGGUUUUCAGUGGGGUCUGAUCCUUGGGAUCUUGACCCCAGCUACUUCGAGAAAUGGUACAACCUGAACAUUCGAGAAGGACUGGGGAAAUUUGAAACCGACGCCCUCGAAGCUAUUGACACUGCCCUCAUCGCCCUGGCCCGCCGAAUGGCUUGCUCCAAAAGAAACUUGUUUGACGUCCGCGAAGUUAUAAAGGGAGGUUCCCUUAUCACUGGCACCGCGACGAAAGAUCUGACCGACAUAGAUGUGGUGGUUUUCGUCAACUCGCCCCAUCUGGUACCUAUCGGCUGUUCGUCGGUGCAAGACUACAAGGCUAAACUCAAGUCACUCAUCGAUGAGUUGGCAAAGGCACUGGGUGCUGUCCCCUCCGUGAUAAUAAGACAGAGCGACGCAUGCCAAGUUAACUUCGACUUUGUAGUUGGUGGGCGGUCUUUGAGAGUCAAUUUCUUCCCAACAGCAGACAACUUUUCCGGUUAUGCCCUUGGUCCUUCAGACAUCUUCAAAGAGAUGAUGCAACUGGGUGGUUACGACCGCGGGCUCUACUCGGCCUCCUUGGUCAAAUACCAGCGGGACUUCGUCAAGAACCAACCCUGUACAGUCAAGGAGCUGAUCCGCCUGGUCAAGUUCUGGGCGCACACCUGCCUACCCCAAGCGCUCCAGAAGUCCUACCCAUUGGAGCUGAUCACCAUCUACCGCUGGGAGAACACGGGGAAGCCUGCCCUCUUCAAGAACGUCCAGGGCCUGAAAGAUGUCCUCAGGUUCUUGUCGGCACUCCAGGUCCUCAGGCACUACUGGACGGAAAUGUACGACGAGGAAUUGGCGGAACAAUCGAUCACCAAACUUGGCCACAGAAACCCCAUUUUGUUGGACCCUGCAAAUCCAACAAACAACGUCUGCUGGGUGUACCAGAAAGGCGACAACAUCGAGCUGCUGAAGAGCGCCGCCGAGUCGACCCUCCGGUCCAAGCUCCUCACCGACGUCAUCGUCUAUCCGAAUUGGUGGGGUAGAAGGGACCCCUACGACUUUCUUUGUAAUGAUGCCGAGAACUAGCAAUUCCAGAAAGAGCUCCAUCCACUUCUCCAAAAUAGCAACGCUGCAGCCAUAACUUUGAAUCAGUAGAUUGUUACCUGUAGUUGCUCCUAUGUUAAUUAAAACUCAAUACAGCAUGAUCCAAAAACAUUCAAGAAUUACACAAUCUCUUAAAAUUAGAGAAAAGCAAAAUUAAAAGCAAAAGAAUCAACAAUAUCAAACUAAACGAUUUUGUAUCUUUGAGCUUCCAACCAAUUAUUUUCAUCCUGAGGGGCCCCUAGAUUGACAGUUGGAAAAGUGUCGAGAGCAAAUAUAAGCUACUAGUAAUGAAUUGUAAAUAGCCUAAUAUUGAAACGUGCGGUCGCUUUGGAACGACUUGAAAUCAUAGCUUAUUUAUAUAGCGUAUGGGUGAAAAAAAUUACUUUCUUGGAAAACGUUCUCUACUCAGAAUAAGCUUCCACAUAUCUUACAUUGGACACUUUGAUUCCAAGAUCAAUUAAAACUAGGGUAAAAUCCGUCUUGUUAAAAAGGGAAUAAAAAUGUACUGUUUUACGUUUGUAAGACAGGGGCCCAAUUUAAUGGCGCUGCUUACCGCAGAAUUUCACGCUUACGAUCUCCAUUCUGCGCCAACCGCGCUAGCAGAAAAAUUCUACG